ACCACUAACUUCGGCCUCUCGCUGGCGCAGGGCGCCGACGCCAGCCAGUGUGCGGCCGUGCCCAUCACGGCUGAGGUGCUCCAAUGCGUCUCGGUGCCCGGCGGCUUCCGGUGCCCGGGCCUGUACAACCCCAGCGACGUGGUGGACUUCAGCACGUUGCCACGGCCGCGCGGCCCACCGCGCGUCCGGAAGGCGGCGCAUCUGCUGGACGAGGCGGACGUGAAGAGGUACGAGGAGGCGCUCGGGAGGAUGAAGGCGCUGCCCGACGACGACCCGCGCAGCUUCAAGCGGCAGUCGGCCAUCCACGAGGCCUACUGCGCCAGCCACUACAAGGUGGUGCCGGCGGGAGGCGGCCCGGAGACGGUGUUCGACGUGCACUACUCCUCCAUCUUCGCGCCGUGGCACCGGAUGUACAUCUACUUCUUCGAGGGCAUCCUCGGUGACCUCGUCGGCGACCCCACCUUCGGCCUGCCCUACUGGAACUGGGACACGCCGGCGGGGAUGGUGAUGCCGGCCAUCUUCGACAACAAGUGCUCGCCGCUGUACAAUUCCAGGCGCAACCCGGCGCGAGUGCACGGCUUCAUCGACCUCAACCUGGGGCAGCCGAAGCCAGACAAGGCGCAGAAACCUAAGUGCACCGACGACGAGCUCAUCUGUCGGAUGGAGGAUAAUCUCGCCAUCCUAUACCGUCAGAUGGCUGUGAGCACGCCCAAGGAAUUCUAUGGCGGCAAGUUCUGCAGCGCCGAGCUGGACGACAAAGGGAAGCAGCAGCACAAGGUGACCGGAUCGCUGGAGGCCGGGGCGCACACCGCCGCGCACAUAUGGCUCGGCGACCCAGAGCAGGCGAACCAGGACAUGGGGGACCUCAGCACGGCGGCGCGCGACCCCGUCUUCUACUCCAACCACUCCAACGUGGACCGCAUGUGGCACGUCUGGAGCACCAAGCUCGGCGGCCCCUUCCUCCCCUACCAGGAGUGGCUCGACACCAGCUUCGUCUUCUACGACGCCGACAAGCGGCCCGUGCGCACCAAGGUCAGCGACGUCCUCGACAUCGGGAAGCUCGGCUACACCUACGAGGAGCACGGCGAGCUGCCGUGGCUGGGGAAACGGCCCAAGCCGGCCACCGGCAUCGACCGCCGCCCCGGCAAGAGGAGCGCUAACAAGGUCACCAGCUCGUACACCACCGUGACGCUGAGGAACGACGAGAACGUGUACAUGACGGUGGCGAGGCCGGAGAAGGCCUGGGCCGGCGGCGGCAGCGGCAAGAAGGCGCCGGAGGCGCUGGUGGUGGACAUCACGCUGGACCCCUGCGAGUACGUCAAGUUCGACGUGCUGGUUAACGUCCCCAAGGGCCAGGAGUACAAGGUGGGCCCGCGGAACGCCGAGUUCGCCGGAAGCUUCACGCAUGUGCCGCACGGGAGAAGCUUCGGCGGCGGCAUGGCCAUGAUCCAGGUGUCGUACCAGUUCGCGCUGCGGGAGCUGCUGGAGGACCUCAAGUCCGGCGAUGACGGCCAGCUGGACAUCACCAUCGUCCCCGUCAACGCUGAUGAGGUCGUCAUCGAUGACGCGCGCAUCGAGCUCCUCUAGGACUAGGAGCACAUACAUAGUAGCCGAGGUGCAUGCAAGUUCAACGCACGGGGGCGUAGCUAGCCACGAUUUUGGACCAGGGGAUUCUGAACAAGUAUAUUCCCUCCGUUUCGGAUUACUUGUGACAAAAUGGAUACAAAUGGAUAUAUGUAAAACAAAAAUACAUCGAAAUGCAUUCAUUU